AUGGCUGCGCUGCACGGCGGCGCGCUCACAGCGCGUCCGCCGCCCGGCACGCACUGCCCGCACGUCUCCAUCCGCACCCAGGGCCCCGUCCAAUUCACGUGCGUACGGCGGCGCGCCCUCGUCGCGAACGCAUCGAGUCGAUCGAGGACGCCUGCGACGCCCCUCGAGUCGCGCAGCGCCGGGCGGGAGGAGCAGCGCAUUGGAGGCGAAGGCAGCUCGGCACCCCCGGGCACGAACGGCGCGCCACGCGACGAGGAGCGCCCCGUCGGCGAGCCGCCGCAGCUCCCCGGCGAGGACAAGUCCUGGCCGGACCGCCUGUCGUCGCUCGUGCCCCCUGCGCUCAUCUACGGCGCGGUCGCAUGGGACGUGAACGCAGCAGGGUCCCCCCACCUGCUCGCGCCCCUCGACAGCGCCGUGCACAACUUCGUGUCCUCCAGCGUCGGCUCCGAGCUCCAGCAGAUCCUCGGCCGCGCCGUGCUCUCGGAGGCCGCGAUCUACCUGUCGCUCGCGGGCAUCAUCGGCGGGUGUAGCUUGCAGCUGUUCCGCUGCCCUCGCGCCGCGCUGCCGCGCAUCGGUCUCCUGGCAGGGUUCUACUUCUUCGGCGGGGGCGCGGUGCUGCACAGCGACCCGUUCCUCGUCGACGCGCUCAAGGAGACGUUCGAGCGCGCGCGCCCGAACGGCCUCGGCCACACGUUCAGCUUCCCCUCCGGUCACACGACCGCGGCGGUCUUCAUGACCGGCGCCUUCCUCGUGUACGUCCUCCCGUGGCUGGCGUACACCGGAACCCUCGCGUCGCGGACGCUGCCGCGCGUGGACGCGUCGGACCCGCAGCUGGACCCGUACGACAUCGCCGUGCAGCUCGACGAGGGCGGGUCCACGCCCCCGGAGGACGCGCGCGACGUGGACGAGGACGAGGUGCUCUUCGGCCGGCCACCAGCGUGGGUCCCCGCUGUGUGGGCUGUGGCGGGGGGCACGACGGCGCUGGGGCGCGUGCUCGCGGACGUCCACUGGGUGUCGGACACGAUCGCGGGCGCGGCGCUCGGGUACGCCCUGGCGCUGACCCUGCGUCAGUCGGACCAGUGGUGCAACAAUGCCGUGGAGCUCAUCAUGCAGGAGCGGUUCCCGAGGCGGCGAACCACGCCGCGGUAG